AUGGAGGCCUUACGAAGUCAGCUCGCUGAGACGCAAGGCGCGCUCACGGAUAAAAUACUUCAAGUUAGGCAGCUACGAGCAGAUCAUGCCACUGCGCUUAAUACUUGGACGCAGCAGAAGCAGGACUUUGAAGCAAAGUUACAACAACUCGAAGAUGAAAUCCAGCGAUUGCGCCAAACAAAUGAAGCUUCUGAAGGAAAUGAGAAGCUGUUACGCAGUAAGGAAAAUGGACAGCGCGCGAAGAAAGUCUCAUUAGCUUCACUCCUCGAUGAUGAACCAGUGGGUAAUAGUCCGGUCGCGCGGGAAGGGGAUGACGAGACGGUCGUGAUCACCCGGUCGCGAAUGGAGGAUAUUGAGACGAAGUUCGAAAAUAUAACAAAUGAGCUGACGGAAAAGACAAAACUCUGCGAAUCCUUGCAGCAGCAACUACAUGUUCGACGAGGUAGUUUUGAUGCUGCAGAUGCUCGCGACAUUACCGACGAUCAAGUUAUGGAGCGAUGGGAGAACCUACGGGACAAAAUUCGAACACUUUCGUUGGAUAGAUUCAACGAGACCAUUCAGCCGAAACUGGUGCCGGACAAGUCAAAAGUAGAGUUUGAACAUCUAUCGAAGCACUGGAAGACCUACAUGACUAACGGCGACCUAACUUGCUAUAUCUUCCGCGCACUGAUCUGGAGAUAUCUGUACACGUGUUUACUGAGUAAAUACUGCCGGGUGUGGGGCAAGGAAUAUGGCGAUGCGGCUACGAAACUGGGGCGUUUUUUCGUGACUAAGAUAACGGACGUAGAAUUCGAUGUAUGGCGAAUACAUACCGCGCAGCUGUUAAAUAAAGCUUGUGAACCAGACCCAGCCGUCGUGAGCGACGUGACACAGAAAAUAUUGGAAGCUACUACGCUAUUUGCGACCGGAAUCGAUACCGAAGCCCUGACCAAGUCGCUGACCGAGAUCGUCACAUUAGCAGCAGAAUUCAGCACUAUCUUGGCUCGUUCGCGAUACUUGGCUUUGAUGGCGGAUAAGCCCGGUAGCGAUCGCACGCGCGGAUUUGCGUAUCAGGCGGCAACUAUGGACGUGAGAAGCCAUCUCGGAACUAAGACGAUUGUGGACAUGAUGAUCUCGCCAUGUCUACUGAAGAAGGAAGCCGACUACGUGGUCCUUGUGAAGGCGGACGUCAUCUGCUAG